GGACUUUUAUUUUGUAGUGACGAAAUGACGUCAUAAGACUGCGCCGAACUCCUACAUCUGCUGUGAUUCUGAUGAAGAAAGAUGGCGUUCAUUAAAGAGGAAGAGAGUGAAGACAUAAAGAUGGAGUUUAUUAAAGUUGAGACUGAAGACAUGAAGAUUGAGUUUAAUAAAGAGGAGCUUGAAGACAUAAAGAUUGAAGAAAGAAUCAGUGUGAAACAUGAAGAUACUGAGGAACAAACAGACCUGAUGGAAGAAAGCAAUGAGAGUGAAGAACUAAAGACAUUUCUAAAGAAAAGAGCGAAGAAAUCUUUCACCUGCACUCAGUGUGGAAAGAGUUUCUCAACCAAACAACAUCUUAAGGUUCAUAUGAGAGUUCAUAAAGGAGAGAAGCCGUUCACAUGUGAUCAGUGUGGGAAGAGUUUCACACGAUCAUCAAGCCUUAAAGAACACAUGAAAGUUCACACCGGAGAGAAGCCGUUCACAUGUGAUCAAUGUGGGAAGAGUUACACACAAAAAGGACAUCUUAAGAGUCAUAUUAAAGUUCACACUGGAGAGAAGCCGUUCACAUGUGAUCAGUGUGGGGAGAGUUUCAGUCAGUCAACAAACCUUAAAAAACACACAAGGAUCCACACUGGAGAGAAGCUACACACAUGUGAUCAAUGUGACAAAACAUUUCUAGAGUCAUCAACCCUGAAGAGACACCUGAGAGUUCAUACAAAUGAGAAGCCACAUUCAUGUUCUCUGUGUGGAAAGAGUUUUUCACAGCUGUAUUAUUUAUAUCAACAUGAGAAAACACACACUGGUGUGACAGAGUACAUGUGCUUUGAGUGUGAGAAGACUUUUACUACAGCAAACCAUUUAAAAGUGCACCAGAGAAUUCACACUGGAGAAAAACCUUACAAUUGUUCACAGUGUGACAAGAGAUUCAGUGAUUCAUCAUCUCUGAAAACACACGAGAGGAUCCACACUGGAGAAAAACCUUACAAGUGUUCUUACUGUGACAUGAGAUUCAAUCAAUCAUCAUCUCUGAAAACACACAAGAGGAUCCACAGCAGAGAGAAGCCGCACACGUGUGAUCAGUGUGGAAAGAGUUUCACUAUUAAAAGUAACCUGAAGAUACACAUGAGAAUUCACACUGGAGAAAAACCUUACAAGUGUUCACACUGUGACAACAGAUUCAGUCAUUCAUCAUCUCUGAAAACACAUGAGAGGAUCCACACUGGAGAAAAAUCUUACAAGUGUUCACACUGUGACAAGAGAUUCAGUCAGUCAUCAUCUCUGAAAACACAUGAGAGGAUCCACACUGGAGAAAAACCUUACAAGUGUUCACACUGUGACAAGAGAUUCAAUCAGUUAGCACAUCUGAAACCACACAAGAUGAUCCACACUGGAGAGAAGCUGCACACGUGUGAUCAGUGUGGAAAGAGUUUCACUAUUAAAAGACACCUGAAGAUACACAUGAGAAUUCACACUGGAGAAAAACCUUACAAGUGUUCACACUGUGACAAGAGAUUCAGUGUAUCAUCAAAUCUGAAAAAACAUGAGAGGAUCCACACUGGAGAGAAACCUUACAAGUGUUCACACUGUGACAACAGAUUCAGUCAGUUAGCACAUCUGAAACCACAUGAGAGGAUUCACACUGGAGAAAAACCUUACAAGUGUUCACACUGUGACAAGAGAUUCAGUCUGUCAUCAAAUCUGAAAACACAUGAGAGGAUCCACACUGGAGAAAAACCUUACAAGUGUUCACACUGUGACAACAGAUUCAGUCAGUUAGCACAUCUGAAACCACAUGAGAGGAUUCACACUGGAGAAAAACCUUACAAGUGUUCACACUGUGACAAGAGAUUCAGUCAGUCAUCAUCUCUGAAAACACAUGAGAAGAUCCACACUGGAGAGAAGCCGCACACGUGUGAUCAGUGUGAAAAGAGUUUCACUCAGCGUGCAUACGGUUUACAAAAACAUGAUAAAAUUCAUACUGGUGUGAGAGAGUACAUGUGCUUUGAGUGUGAGAAAACUUUUACUACAGAAAAAACUUUAAAACAGCACCAGAGAAUUCACACUGGAGAAAAACCUUACAAGUGUUCACACUGUGACAAGAGAUUCAAUCAGUCAUCAAAUCUGAAAACACAUGAGAAGAUCCACACUGGAGAAAAACCUUACAAGUGUUCACACUGUGACAAGAGAUUCAGUCAGUUAGCACAUCUGAAAACACAUGAGAUGAUCCACACUGGAGAAAAACCUUACAAGUGUUCACACUGUGAUAACAGAUUCAGUGAUUCAUCACAUCUGAAAACACAUGAGAUGAUCCACACUGGAGAAAAACCUUACAAAUGUUCACACUGUGACAAGAGAUUCAAUAAGUCAGUAAAUCUGAAAACACAUGAGAAGAUCCACACGGGAGAAAAACCUCACAAGUGUUCACACUGUGACAAGAGAUUCAAUCAGUCAUCAUCUCUGAAAACACAUGAGAGGAUCCACACUGGAGAAAAACCUCACAAGUGUUCACACUGUGACAAGAGAUUCACUCAGUCAGUAAAUCUGAAAACACACGAGAGCAUCCACACUGGAGAAAAACCUUACAGUUGUUCACAGUGUGACAUGAGAUUCAAUCAGUCAUCAACUCUGAAAACACAUGAGAGGAUCCACACUGGAGAAAAACAUUACAAGUGUUCACACUGUGACAAGAGAUUCAAUCAGUCAUCAACUCUGAAACGGCAUGAGAAGAUCCACACUGGAGAGAAGCUGCACACAUGUGAUCAGUGUGGAAAGAGUUUCACUAUUAAAAGUCACCUGAAGAUACACAUGAAGAUCCAUGCAGUGGAGAAACCACAUCACCACAGUGUGAAAUGAAUUAGUUCAUUUUUAUGUGCUGAACAAAAAAAUCUCUUCUGUGUAAGUUAGCCACAGCCAAAUCUCUCCUCUCCAGCUAUAGUUGGCACCAUGGGCGACAAGUUUUUUUUAUUUAUAUUUUUUGCAGUUACAAAACGUACUCGGUUACUAACGUAACCUCGGUUCCCUGAGAUACGGAACGAGUACUGCGUAUGGGG